AUGGCAACCAUCAGUACAGAACUCAAUGGUCUUGAUAUAUCAAAGGUAGACCUCCACUAUGAGGAAAACAACAAGGAGCAUCACACUGAUGAAAUUUCAUUGGGACGGCUGAUUGUGAGGAGAGGCCAGUCUUUUAAACUCACCUUCCACGUAGGGGGACCCCUCAGGCCAAACGAUGACUUCUUUGAACUAAUCGUUGAAACAGGGCCUGAUGCCUCCGAGUCAAUGGGAACCAAGUCGGUUUUCGGCUUAACCAAAAGCUCUGGGUCCGGAAAAGGGAAACCCUGGAGUAUGGAGGUCCAGAGGAACACUGACACCACAGUCACACUGUCUGUCCUCUGCCCGGCGGACGCCAGCGUUGGACAGUACAGCCUGUCAGUGAGGACCGGUUCUGCUACGAGCAAAGCAGUUGUGAUGGGAAAACUGCUGGUUCUGUUCAAUCCUUGGUGUAAAGAGGACUGGGUGUAUCUGCCACAGGAGACAGAAAGACAGGAGUAUGUGAUGAAUGAGAAUGGACGUCUGUACCAAGGAUCAGACAGAUACAUCAACUCACAGGCCUGGGAUUUUGGACAGUUUGAGGACGACAUUGUGGACAUCUGUCUUAAACUGCUUGACGUGAACCCCAAGUGCUUGAGAAAUGCGAGGGAAGACUUCUCAGCACGCUGUAACCCCAUUUAUGUCAGCAGAGUAGUCAGCGCCAUGAUCAAUGCGAAUGACGACAGGGGCGUGGUCAUGGGAAGGUGGGAUGGGACGUACUAUGACGGCGUCUCUCCCACUCACUGGGACGGCAGUGUGGAAAUUCUGAGGAAGUGGCUUCAGACCGACUGCAGUCCGGUGAAGUACGGCCAGUGCUGGGUGUUCGCCGGAGUCAUGUGCACAGUGUUGAGGUGUUUGGGAAUCCCUUGCCGCGCCAUCAGUAACUUCCAGUCGGCCCACGACACCAACACAAAUCUGACUAUCGAGGAGUACUUCUCUGAGAAUGGUGUACAUCUCAAGGACAGCCCUGACAGCAUAUGGAACUACCAUGUUUGGGUGGAAGCAUGGAUGAAACGUCCGGACCUUUCUGACACCUCUGAUUAUGACGGCUGGCAGGUUGUGGACCCGACUCCGCAAGAGAGAAGCUCAGGUGUGUUCUGCUGUGGUCCAGCUCCAGUUAAAGCCGUUUUGAAGGGACACACCAAUGUCAAAUAUGACGUGCCUUUUGUAUAUGCUGAGGUCAAUGCUGACGUCGUGACCUGGAUGAAGAUGGCUGAUGGUUCAAAGAAGAAGAUCUACUCGGACACUGUAUCUGUGGGACAGAACAUCAGCACCAAAGCUGUGGGUAGUGACUCCAGAGUGGAUGUCACAGCCAACUACAAACAUCAAGAAGGCUCAAAAGAGGAGAGGGAUGUAUUUGAUGAGGCUGUCAGAAGACUAAACAUGAAGCAGGUCAUCAUAAAAAUUGAAGAAGUCAGCAAACCGAUAAAUGGCAUGGAUAUCGACCUGAGAGUUAAGCUGCACAGUGAGAGUCCGUCAUCUCGGACACUGGACGUCUACAUUAUUGCCCAGGCUAUGCGCUAUACCGGGAUUCCUGACACUGUCAUUUGGAGUGACCUUAAGCAGGUCCAGCUUCUGCCUGAGAAAGAACUGGAUAUCCCCGUCUCAAUCCCCUUCUCCAGUUAUGGAGAGAGAAUGUUGGAGAACAACAGUAUCAAAGUCAGCGUUAUUGUGAAGAACAAACUUGACUCUGAUGAAACUUACCUUGCCCAGAGAGACAUCGUACCGCAAAAUCCACCACUCAAAAUAACAACCACGGGGGUUCCGCGGCUGUACGGGGAGCUGAAAGCAGAGAUCGUUUUCGAGAAUCCUCUUCCUGUGCCGUUAAAGCAGUGCACCAUCACUGUCACGGGCAGUGGCCUGCUCCUGAACCCUGUAGUAUCCAGACAAGGACCCAAGCAACUCUUAGCCACCUUUGACUGCAACUUGUUCAGGGACAUCAAAGCCAGCUGCGACGUGAAUGUCGGACCACCUGCCACUUUGAUAGGGGGUUUGUAUUAG